AUGGCUGAAAACCCUCCGCAAACAUCUUCCAUGGCCGAAGAAGAAGAAUUUUUACCGGGGCAUCCUAACGUGGUCUCUUUUACCCAAAAUUGUUUCGGGAAGUUGGUGAAAGCCACGCAAAAGGCGCACGGUUUGCCCAAGCCGGGAGAUGAUUUUGAAUUUUAUAGCAGUUUUCCAGAUUUCCGCGAGUUCUGCAAAACGCAAGGUGGAAGGGUGUUGAAUAAUGUCGGGAAGUUGCUCAAGUUGGAGCAUGUUAGUUGUGGCUGGCCUUCAGAAACGGACUACGAACAUAGGUACGAUUCUAGGUGGAUUUGCUAAUCCGAUUUAAAUUUAAUCAUGUGUUCUUAAUCUUAUUGGAUGCUAAUCUAAUUUAAAUCCCAAUGUAAUCAGAAUGAUCUAAUCUGUAUGAUAGUAAUAUUAAAAUCCUAAUUUAAUUCAAGUCCUAAUUUAAUCCAAAUCUUAAUCUAAUCAAAAUCCUAACUUAAUCUGGAUCAUCUAUUAAUUUACGUCCUUUAUUGGAUCUAUUAAUUUACGUCCUUUAUUCCUUGCAGUAUGGACACAGACGACAUAUUCGAAUCUCUUGUCGAGGCGAAUGACAUUCUCCUUGAACGCAUCGACUCUUGCUUGGAUGAAGCCUCUGGUUUACGCAAAAACAGAAAACCAGUUCUGCCAAAAUCUAUGCAACAAAGCACACCU